UUUAUAAAAGCUCGCCCAGUCUGCCAGUGGCCACCAAAACGAACGAAGCGAUCCAGCUCCUUGGAAGUUAAAUAUAAUUCAGCGCACUUUCUUGUUACAUAAGCAACGAAUAUGACGACCACAUAUGUCACCGGAGGCCCAGUGCCCAUCCAGCAAACCACCUACAUUAGCACGGGCCCCCAGCAGUUUCAGACCACGUAUGUGACCAGUGCACGGCAACCGCCUCCGCCUCCUCCUCCAGCGGCCACAGUGGUAAUCACCACCACAAACAACAGACGGUGGGCUAAUGGCGCCCAAACGCAGGCCGGAACAGCAGCCUCCCUUUUGUUCGUGUACGCUGGAAUGGACAUGGCUCAAGGUCUGGGCUGGAACUUGACCCAAAUUUUUUCCACCACCCUUGAGUUUCAGUACAGUUGGUUUAUUGGCGUCAUCAUUGGAACUGUGGUGGCCGCCGCAACAGCAUCCUUCGUGCCCAAAAUAGCGUUUUAUGGACUUGGUGGUGUGAUGAACCUGAUUGACGCCAUUAUUUUUGUGAGUGCUCCCUACGAGUACGAGUCAAUCCUGGCCGCCCGCUAUGUGGGAGGGGUGGGAAUCGGCCUAAUCACCGUGCCGUUCCUCAUCCAAAGCGCCGAGAUCGCUUCGAGUACGAACCGAGGAACCUGCUCCGCAUUGGAGCAGUACGGCCUGGCACUGGGAGUGGCCAUCCAAGUGAUCUACGACUCGCAGUGGACGCAGGACUUGGGCAUGUCCAUCAACCGGGUGCACGGAAUCUUUGGCAUUGUCUUCGCGGCCAUUGCACUGGGCAGCGUGGCCAUAGCGAUCGACUCGCCGAUCUUCUACAUCCGUCAGAACCAGGAGCAGAAGGCGCGCGCCAUUGUGAAGCAGUUGUUGGGCUCCUAUUGGUCCCGCGAGGCGGAAGAUCAGGCCUACGACGAGGCCAAGCUGUACGUGGUGGAGGGCAGCAGCCAGGGUGUGGUUGAGCAGCUGGGCGGGUCCGUGAUGCCCUUCCUGAAGCUGCUGCUCUUCCGCUGCUUCGUAGCCUUCACCUUCUCGAUGCCGCUGUCCCGUUCAAUGGAGAUGACCUCGUAUUUGGUCGAGGAAUCCACCUACUCGUGGCCCACAAUCGUGUUCGGUAUUGUCCGCCUGAUCGGAUCUCUGAUCACCUUCGCCGUGCUGGACACCGUGGGCCGCAAGUUCGUCUCGCUGCUGGGGCUCAUGUGCAUGGCCGGACUGAUGCUGGGCAUGGCCGGAGUAUACGGAAACUAUGCGCACAUGUCCGACUACUACUACAUGUGGCAGGUGUGCCGCCUGGGCAUGGCCUUCCAGUUCUUCGCCGGACUCUUCAUCUGCAGCUCGUCCGUCUACCUGGGCGAGGCCUUCCCCAUGCGCGUGAAGCCCUUCCUGAUCGGCCUGAUCGUGUGCCUGGAGCAGGUGGUCCACAUCAUUGUGAUCGUCACCUUCACCGCCACCGCCGAGUCCUUCUACAUCUACUUCGUGACCGUGGGCAUUAUCAUGGUAGUGGGUCUGGUGGCCUUUGCCGUCCUCAUGCCGGAGACCCGUGGAUUGACUUUAAGACAGGCGGGUGAACGAUUCCGACGGGUGCACGACGUCAUGGCUUACUAGGUGGCUGAUUUUUCGUUUUUGUAUUGGCUAGAUCAAUAAAAUGUUACUCAAUAAUGUGAAGAAUAUUGAUCGACUUGAGAAGUUGCCUAACACACAGAAUGACAGGGAAAUAUUCCGCAAGCAAGUGUUAAUUAAGUAAAUGAUAAUAGAUACUAAAGGGAAAAAUUGAAGAGCCAAAGUAAUAAAAGCUGUCGCUUAAGAA